CUAUAAUCAUUUCCAUUUGAAGAAAAGAUGUUCAGAUAUUUUUCGCGAUCUUCAUUGCUCUGCUUCAAAUCCAGAAGCCUACGUGUUUCCUCAAAUCACAGCUCCUUACUGUCUUUCCCGAUGACUCCCGGCGUUCAAAGGAAAUUCCGUUUCAGUGCAGUCAACUCCCGUCUUGGUGUUUCCGAAGGUCUCAAGGAUAAACCCGUGAAUCCACUCAAUAUCAGAUACAUGUCACUUUCUGUAAGUUCUUCUGCAGUCAUGGGACAUGUUGUAUCUGAAAAUGGUGCUCAACCGGUUGAGCUACUUCAUGGAGUUGCGGAUGAAUUUGGAGGUGUCAUUGUAGACAUGAAGGACCCAUUGGAUUCUGAAGUCUUUGUUGCUACUCUUAGAGCUUCAAUGUCAAAAUGGAGGCAAGAGGGUAAGAAAGGUGUUUGGAUUAAAUUGCCCAUUGAACUCGUAAAUCUUGUUGAAGCUUCUGUUAAGGAGGGGUUCCGGUACCACCAUGCUGAGGCAAAAUACUUGAUGCUUGUCUAUUGGAUUCCUGAAACUCCCAAUACUAUACCUGCAAAUGCCUCACACCGAGUUGGUGUCGGUGCUUGUGUGAUAAAUGAUAAAAGAGAGGUGCUGGUAGUACAGGAGAAAAGUGACACGUUCGGAGCCACAGGUGUUUGGAAGUUCCCUACUGGAGUUGUUGAUGAGGGUGAAAAUAUUUGUAGGGCAGCAGUAAGAGAAGUUAAAGAAGAGACAGGAAUUGAUGCAGAAUUUGUUGAAGUACUGGCGUUUAGGCAAAGUCACCAGGCAUUUUUUGGGAAGUCAGAUUUAUUCUUUGUUUGCAUGUUGCGGCCCCACUCCUUUGACAUCCAGAAGCAAGAAGUAGAGAUUGAGGCAGCACAGUGGAUGCCAAUUGAGGAUUAUGCAGCACAACCAUUUGUUCAGAAUCAUAAUCUAGCAAAGUUCUUGGCUGAUAUCUGCUUUUCGAAGAUUGAUAAAGGGUAUGCUGGAUUUUCUCCGGUGCUUACUAGAUCAGCAUUUUCAGAAAAGCCAUUUAAUUUGUACUUGAACAGCUGUGAUCUGAACCAGCCCCGGUCAUCCUUGUGACCAUUCCUAGAAAAGAGUAUUGUCCAAAUUUUUUUUAGGGUAGGGGAUCAACACGCCGCUGAGUUUGGAUGGAAUCUCUCACGCCAAGCCAAUGGGAGCAUGGGAGGGGGCGCCCCACAGUUCAUAUAAAAGUAGGCGCC